AUGUCUACAAUCAAGACUGUGAACAUCCCAAACAUUGCCUGGGAGACUGCUGCAAACAUCCAUUUCCCACCGAACUUUGACCAGAACAAAAAGUACCCGGCUGUCGUGUCUGCUCACCCUAUCGGCUCCUGCAAGGAGCAAACCUCAGGCAAUAUCUAUGGGAAGGCAGUGGCGGACGCAGGCUUUGUGGUCAUCGCUUUUGAUGCGUCUUUUCAAGGUGCCUCGGGUGGAAAGCCCCGCUUCAUUGAGAACCCUGAAUUCCGCGUCUCCGACUUUCGUUUUGUCGUCGACUACAUCCAGACGCUACCCUAUGUUGAUGCUGAGCGUAUUGGCGUGCUGGGUAUUUGUGGGGGAGGUGGCUACGCGAUCAAUGCAGCUAUGACAGACUACCGCUUUAAGUGCUGCGUCGGUAUCACGCCGGUCAAUUUUGGCCGCCUCUCCCGCGAAGCUUUCGGCAACUUCGACCCCGUUGCUUCUCUGGAGAACAUGGCGAAACAGCGCACUCUUGAAGCGCAGGGUUCUGAACGGCUCGUCAUUAAUUUACUCCCUUCCUCUGUCGAAGAGGCCAAGAAAUCCACUCAGGACAUCGACGUUAUCGAGGCGACCGAUUACUACAAGACUUCGCGCGGCCAGGAGCCUAACGGCUGCACCAGCGGUCUAUUUUCGUUCAAUAGCGCUGCCCUUGGGUGGGAUGCAUUCAACCACGCUGAAGUUCUCAUGACGAGACCUCUUAUGGCCGUCGUCGGUGACAAACCAGGAGGCUUUGGCGCCUAUCGUGACGCCCAAGAGAUUCACGGUCGGGCAGGUUCAAAGGAGAAGCAUAUUGUCGUUCUCCCUGGGAUUUCACACUAUAUGCUCUACGAUAAGCCUGAGGCGGUCAAACCUGCGCUGGAUCAAGUUCUUCCUUUCUUGAAGAACCACCUUGGCGAUGCUAAGUAG